AUGGGUACUACUUUUCCAUAUGCUAUGGUAUAUGGAAAGCAACUAGUAUCAAGUAGUUGCUUUAGUGCGAUAUUCCUUUUGCCAUCAUUACCAGGUCCAAUAUUUUUAGAUCAGCAUUUCCAAAAUGUUUCAUGUGCAUCUCUAUCGUAUUGCGAUAUAGAAUAUCAUACAUUAGCAAUUGAAUCAUGUAAUGGUACAAAAGAUACUGUGUGCCAUUGGAUAUGCAAAGACAUGAAUUUUUCUGUGAAAUUAUCUUUUCAUGCAGAUCAACAAAAAGUAAUUAUCUCAUCAGAUACUGCAUGCUUAUUAAAUAUUAAUGAGACGUCAUUGUGUCAGAGAAAUAUAACUAAUUAUAACUGCAAUAUAACUUGUGAUGAAUUCGAGAAUCAAUGUGUCUAUACAUCUAUCACUUUUUGGGGUUUUGCUUUCUUUUGGUGCCUUGGUGCGAUUUGUUAUUUUAUUUCCAUCUCUCUAAGCGAUGCAACUUGUUUUACCAUAUUGGGGAAAAAUGAACAAUUAAAGUUUGGUAAACAACGACUAUGGGCCACUAUGGGUUUCGGUGCCGCAGCAUGUUUAUCUGGAUAUUUAGUGGACUUGUGGUCGCAAGAUGAAAUUAAUAAAACAUACACACCAAUAGUUAUUCUAGCGGUUAUACUUAUUUCUAUAGAUUUGAUUUGCUGUACAAAAUUAGAGAUGCCAUUUAAAAGAUCCACAACUGCAUUGAAGGAUGUCUUUACGCUAUUGAAAUCCAAAUCCAUUUAUAUAUUUUUGUGUUUCAUUAUGUUUUCUGGUAUCCUUAAUGCCACCAAGAGUAAUUUUUUAUAUUGGUAUUUAGAAGAUCUCGCUUUAACGACUGGUUAUAUGAGUAAAAUUAAAUUGAUAGAAGGUUUAAUCGCAGUGACAGAGGCUUUCGGUGGCGAAGUAGUAUUUUUUUUCUUUUCUGGCAAAAUACUGGAGAAACUAGGAUAUGUUUACACUUUUAUAUUGAGCCUUUUAUGCUACGCACUUCGUUUGGGAUUAAUAUCUUUAUGUCCAAUGCCGUGGUGGGUACUUCCGAUAGAAUUAACAAUGUACGGGCCAUCGUAUGCGCUUAGCAUAUCAACAAUAGCAGCAUACGCAAACGUGAUAGCACCCCCUGGUGCUUCAGCUGUUGUUCAAGGAUUUUUUCAAAGCAUGCAUGAUGGUUUAGGUUACUUAGUUGGCAGUUUAAUAAUAGGUGCCUUAUACAAAAAAUUUGAUGGUACAGUAACAUUAAGAAUAUUUUCAGCAUUUGCAGUACUUUCAGCAUUAACAUAUUUUAUUCUUCACAUUUUGUAUUUAAAACCUAAAACACCAGGUAAGAAAUCAGUCAGCUUUAAAAGAUUGUAAUAAAUAUUUGCAGAAGAUUGUUGAAAAG